CUCUCCCUCCCAUAAUAUUUUCCAUAUGAAGAAGCCUUCCUGAAGCCUCACACUGCCCUCUUGGCGAGUCUGAGGCGGGUUAGAGGAGACCCUGGGAGCCUUUAAUCCCCUCUCUCUCUCUCUCUCUUGCUUUCAUCCUCAGCCACAGCUGGACGCCCCAUUGAUGUGGAACAGACCAAACACCAGGCCCUCACUAAGCUGCUGCUGUGGGGCCUCUCCUCCUCCCCAGGAGCCCAGAGCAGUGUCCAGCUCCUGAGCAGGGUCCAGCAGCCCCUCCACACCCAGCCUGGGGGUCCCAGCUCCCCCUCCCCACUGCCUCUGCUCCUUCCUGAGCCAUCUUGCAGUACUUUAUGCUGAGUUUCCCUCAUCCCAUUAUCCCCCUUUCCCAGGAUUGUUUGGGGUUGAUCCCCCCAGUCCCUGCAGAGCUGGGUGAGGGUGAGGGGCUGCUCUGUGUUGAUGUAACUCGUGGUUAUGUCCCAGGGAGGGCCUGGUGGGCUCCCCCAGCUCAGCACUCGGGUGUUCAGCCUGCAAUCAGCUCAGAGUUUUGGAGAAAAGCAUUUUGUAAAGCCCACUGCAGGCAGGAGAGGCCAGGGGCACCCAGGCUGGCACGGCACACGCUGGGCAGCCCCCAGUGAUGCCCCUUCCCUGGCCAUGGAGCUGAGAGCCCUGUUCCUGCUGCCACUCUGCUUCCCAGGUGUCCAAGGCCAAGCCCCAGAAGCCUACAGACGACGGGAAGGGAACACUCUGUACAUCCAGUGUCCUUAUGCAGCAUGGACUACUGGCCACCAGGAAAAAUACUGGUGCUUCUCCCCGGUAAAUGGAGGAUGUCAAGAAGUCCUGCGUGUAUACUCAUAUAAAGACACCAGACAAUCCCAGGAUGGGAGAAUUAAAAUAAAGGAUAACGAAGCUAAUAAGACUGUUUCUGUCACCAUGAGUGGCCUCAAGGCAGAGGACUCAGGCACAUAUUUCUGUGCUGCUUACAAUUAUAACAGUAGGACACAUGAACAGCUAGGGAGGAUCUCGCUGAUUGUUUUCAGGGAGCUGCUCCAGUGGGAGCUGGACACCCUGACAGUGCAGUGCCCAGUGUGGAGUAAUGCCUGGUGCCAAGCUGGGUCCAAAUGCACACCCCCUAGGAUGGGACGAACAUCUCCAGCACAGAGUGAAAUGAAAUCCCUGCAGGACAGAGUAUCAGUGCAGUAUAAUGCUCAAAUGGCUCUCGUUGUCACCAUGAAGAACCUGCAGAUCCAGGACUCUGGUGUGUACUGGUGUGCACUGGACUCUGGGCACACCAGGAAAAUGGAGGUCAAGCUCUCUGUGUUCAAGAGGACCCAGAAACUCACAGCCGAGAAGUCAGCCAACAUCACUGUCAAGUGUCACUACAAGAUCGCCGACUACAGCACUGUCAGCAAAGCCUGGUGCAAAAGGGAAGAGGGGAAAACGUGCAAAGUGCUGGUCACCACCACAUCAGAGUCCCCAGCAGCAAACAGCACGGCUCAGGAGCGUGUCAGGAUCCAGGAUGACACCCAGCAGGGCAUUGUGACCGUCACCAUGGAGCAGCUGCAGGUGCAGGACUCGGGCGUGUACUGGUGUGCGCUGCUGGACGGCUCCGGGCUGCUCCGCAUGGAGGAGAUCACACUCAACGUUUCCAAGGCGUUGCGUCAAGGACGUGGUUCAUACUCUGAAAACCAAAGUCAAGAAACUCUGGGUGACAGUGAGAACACCUUCCUCAUCCUGUCCGUGGUGCUGCUCAUCCUGCUGCUCCUGGCCCUGCUCAGCUGCACAGCCCUGGCUGUCAGGCACUACAGGCUGCUCCUGAGAACAGGUAACAGAGAAGCAGAGGACACCAGUGACCGAGCAGAGGGCACAGCACAGCCUGGCAGCUCUGGGAGGAGGGAAAGUUCUCAGGAUGGCAGCAAAGGGCCAGCAUACAUCAACCUGGAUGUGCAAUCCCCCUCCAGCCCUGAGGAUCCUCUUUACUGCAAUGUGGAACCGAGCCAGGCUCCCAGGAACCCCCAGCACGUGGAAUAUGCCAUCAUUGCCUUCAACCAGGCCCCAAGGACCAGCAAGGAAUGAAGCACAGAACCCCAAACGAGCCAGGAAUGGGAGGAAGGAACUGGAAUACACAGUGGGAGUGAGGACAGGAGGUGUGUGGAUGGACAAGCUGAGUUUUGCUGCUGUGUGUGGUGUUUGCUGAGCAUUUUCAGCUCUCCCUCUUGUUUUAGAAAGCAGAGGGUUUGCCCCUCUUGUGGCAGGCAGAGCUGUGGAGGCAUUCCCAGGAUCUCUUGUACAUCUGCUUUUCCAAUCCCAUUA